AUGAGAAUCAGUUUUAACAAAAACCUAAACAAUUGGAUCCAUCACUACAAUGACCCCGAAGUCUGUACUACCAGUGCCUGUGAAUCCGCGGGAAAGACACUGAAAGCAAACCUCAACGAAUCGGUCGAUCCAUGCGAUGAUUUUUAUGAGUUCGCGUGCGGGGGAUGGGAGGCCACGCAUACCAUUCCCGCCGAUAAGUCCUAUUACUUCGGAGACGUUACUCUCCAAGAAAUCAUUGAACUGACCAUCAAAUCGUCUCUAAAUGAAAGUCAUAUCAAAAGUGACUCCAAUUCAGUGAUCUUCGCGUCCGAUCUCUUCAAGUCAUGUGUCGACAACUCCACUCGUGAGUCCCGCGGAGUCGCACCUCUUAUAGCGGCUGUCAAUUCAAUGGGCGGAUGGCCUCUAAUCUCCAGUUCCUUCACUCCGGAGUCGUACGACUGGAAGGACUCUUUGGCCGCUUUGAUAGCCUCGUUGGGAACGCACCCUAUCUUUGCCAUCGAUGUCAUGCCCGACGCCAAUGACACUCAGGUCUAUAAACUCAAU